GUGACUAUCUGCAGAGUUCACUAGUUUCCCCAGGGUUGCCUCAAAGGAAAUGAGUGGGCGGCCAUCUGCGGCGGAUGCUGCUGUCACCAUUCGUAGAGGACCCAGGCUGGGGAGCACGGACGCAUUUGCUCCUCAUUUGAUUCUUUCGGCCCCAAUUCCACACCCCGCCCCCUUCCAGCUGGGCCCGUUUCCUCCUCCCCCUCCCUACCUCCUUAGCCCAGGCAGCCAAAGGUUUCAGGCUCUGCCUCCCAGCUUUCGCCCUGGCUCUAGCACAAGCCCUUGCCACUUAGCAACCCUUCUGAUUGCAUCUCCCGGCCCACCUCCUCCUAUUUAACUCUCCUCCUCCUCCUCUUCUCCUCCUCCUCUUCCGUUCCUCCAGGGAAAGGCAGAAACAUCUGCAUCACCCUUCUCCCACCUCAGCCUCUGCUUAGAUCUGAAGAAGGAGGAUACUAGCUGUUCUGACAUUUGGGAAGCCGAACCACAGGGUAUACAGCAGACAGCAGUCUAGAGUUUCUGUGUGGCUUUCAUCCUCUGCUACCAGCUGAAAGGCACAGCUUUCAGAAAUGUCAGAAAUCCUCCGGGAACUGGUCUAUGUUUCUGAAAAGGCAGCAAACAUUGCCCGGGCCUGCAGGCAGCAAGAAUCACUUUUCCAACUACUAAUAGAAGAAAAGAAAGAUGGAGAAAAGAACAAGAAAUUUAUAAAUGACUUCAAGACAUUGGCUGAUGUGCUGGUACAGGAAGUUAUAAAACAGAAUAUGGGCAACAAGUUUCCAGGCUUGGAAAACCACAUAUAUGGAGAAGAAUCCAAUGAAUUUACUAAUGAGCUGGGAGAAAAGAUCACAGUUAAAGUUUGUCCAACAGAAGAAGAAACUGCCCAACUUCUUAAUAAGGUUCUUAAUGGUAAUAAAUUGGCGUCUGAAGCACUGGCCCAAGCCGUCCAUCAAGAUAUUUCAUUUGCUGACCCAACUCUGGAUUUGGUGAAAAUUAACAUUCCACAAGAUAUCAUGGGAAUGUGGGUGGAUCCUAUAGACUCUACUUAUCAAUACAUAAAAGGGUCCGCUGACAUCAAGCCCAAUCGAGGAGUUUUUCCAUGUGGACUUCAGUGUGUAACUAUAUUAAUUGGUGUAUACGAUAGACAAACAGGCGUACCUUUGAUCGGAGUCAUCAAUCAACCAUUUGCAUCACAAGAUAUAAAAACACUCAGGUGGAAAGGGCAGUACUUUUGGGGUCUUUCUUACAUGGACUCCAACAUUCAUUCACUUCAGCUUUCCAGUAAGAGUGGAAAUGAUGGUGAAGCAGCCAGCCAGCUGACUGGAGAGUCCAACUAUGAACCUAAAUUCACACAGCACUUCUCUGCUGUCAUUAGCACAAGUGAAAAGGACACUAUUAAAACAGCACUAUCCAAGAUAUGUGGUGAAAAUAUAUAUGGGGCAGCUGGAGCUGGGUACAAGAGCCUUUGUGUUGUACAAGGUCUUGUUGAUGUCUAUAUCUUUUCCGAGGAUACCACAUUCAAAUGGGACACCUGUGCUGCUCAUGCCAUAUUGAAAUCAAUUGGUGGAGGAAUGGUGGAUUUGAAGGAGUGCUUAAAAAGAAACCCAGAAACUAGGCGUGAUUUGCCGCACUUAUUGUACAAUGUGGACAAUCAAGGGGUUACUGGUAUAGAUCGAUGGGCCAAUAAGGGUGGACUUGUUGCUUACAGAUCACAGCAACGACUAGAAACAUUCCUGGAGCUGCUGAUCAAAAACUUGUCACUUUCUAGUACAUUGACAUAGGUGGCACCUGAAAUCAGUGUACAUUUGUCUUAUACCAUAACAGUGUUUCUGAUUACCUUUAUCGCUAAAGUAGCUUUGUAUUGUUUUGUGGUUAAAUGUUGAAGUUCUUUCUAUGAAUUGCAAUCUCUAUCUGCACUUAAAAGCUAUUUUUUCUUUUUGCUUUAAAAAUCACUAAUUAUGAUCUUUGGGAUUGAAAAAUUUUGUGUAACAAUAUAAAUACUAAUGUAUCCAGUGCAACAGUAGUCUACCAAAGAUUGGUCCAAAACACAGAAUAUUUAAAUUGUACAGUGCAUUCUAAAGAUCAGGGUUUGUUUGGUUUGGUUUGUUUUUUUUGGGCCGGGCAAUGAGAGUUAAGUGACUUGCCGGAUUUGAAGUUGGGUCCUCCUGAAUCCAGGGCUGGUGCUUUAUCCACCGCUCCACCUAGUUGUCCCCUAAAGAGCAGUUUUGAUGGGAAAAGGCAUCAAUUUAUGUGGAAAGUGGAUAGCACUCUAAAUCUAUAUCCAAUGAAUCACCCUCCAAUAAAAAAACCCUAAAAUACAAAGAACUGGGAGAAAAUAGUCUCCAUAUCAUAUGAAUCUUUCCUCCUAUAAAUAUUGCUGACUUACUAACAUUUAUUAAAAUUAUCUGAUAGAUCCUACUCCUGUUUUGUGAUCUUUCAGACCCAGCUCUGCUAAUUAGAAAGAUGAGCAGGAUAGGAGGGAAGAAGCUUGAACUCAAACAGUGAGAGCAUCACACAAGGUAAAGAGGAUCAAAAGCAGAAAAGAGCCCCUUCAAAAAUGUGCUUUCUCGGGAUAGCUAGGUGGUACAGUGGAUAGGGCACUAGCCCUGGAUUCAGGAAGACCUGAGUUCAAAUCCGGUCUCAGACGCUUGACACUUACUCGCUGUGUGACCCUGGGCAAGUCACUUAAACCUCAUUGCCUGGCCCAAAAAAACCCAAAACCAAACCAAACCAAAAAAACUCCCCCAAAAUUUGCUUUCUCAGAAAGAUUGCCAGAUUGUUCUCUGCCCUCUGCCCUCUGGUGGCUAUUUGGAGUACCUGCAGUGUUCUCUAUCAACAUAAAGCACUGAACUCAAAUUUAGUAUUUUAAGGGAGGAUAUUUAGUAUGGAAACAAUUGAAAUUUCAAAUCAUGGUUCAUACUGUGAUUUUCUUGUCUUUCCUUCUAGGAUUCUCUAAUUUUCACUGUGUACAAAUGGAAAUUAGUUCAUCUGAAUCAAUAAAUACUUAUUAAACACCUACAACAUGCCAGGUACCAUGCGGAGUGCUAGGGAAAGAAAGAGGCAAAAAGAUACUCCCUGCCUUCGAAGAGUGUACAGUCUAAUAG